UUUUUCUAUCAACUUCUAAAAUUGUGAAAAGGUUUUACAAAAUAAACUUUAACAGGUUAAUUCGGCAUGAAGAAGGUGAAGUACCUGUAUAUCCUAUACAAGUACCAGAUAUAUUCACUCAAGUUGGUCGUCCAGGCGGAAAAAGUAGUGAAUUUUGGUUAACUGAAAAAGAUUAUAAAUGUGCACACGCAUAUGUUCUGCGCAAUUGUGAUUAUUUCCAGCAACAUGAGAGAUUGUUGGAGGCGCAAAUUCGAUAUGAAUAUCCAAAACUAUCUGAUGAAGAUGUUAGGUCGAAAAGAGAAGAAGAUUUCCAUGAAUGGAUUAAGCAAUAUGUGCGUGGUGGUUUUGAAAGUUUUCCUCCAUGGGUCCAUGAAAUCGUGGACGGUCCUGAAAAUAAAGUUAAGUCUUGGCCUAUAUAUUUUACAAGAGGUUAUCUGUUUCACACAAAAGCUCACGGUCUCACUAAAAAAACAAUGAAUUAUGAGGUAUGUGUCCGAGGACAAACUUAUUCCAAUUCAUCUGGCGAGGACGAUUUUUACGGGACCAUUGAAAAUAUCAUAGAGCUUACCUAUCCAGGAUUUUUGAAUUUACGGGUCACACUUUUCUAUUGUGAAUGGUAUGACUCUACAAUUGACAAAGGCACUCGAAUACGCGAUGGAGGCAUUGUUGACGUGUUGUCAUCAAGGAGAUACCGACAUUAUGAACCGUUUAUAUUAGGUUCUCAAGCUGAUCAAGUUUGUUAUCUUUCAUAUCCUCACACUAAACGACCUCGAAAACUUUGGCUCAACGUUCUGAAAGUUAAUCCAAGGCAUGCUGUACAAGGGAACUUAAAACAAAAGGAGGUUGUUAUAUUGCAGCAAACAGUUGAUGAUGGAAUGACAGAUUCAAUAGAGGAGAUCAUAGUUGACAGUUUCGUAGAUGGUAAUCAGCCUAAUGAAGAACUUGAUUUUGAGAUCAACGAUGCUGAACAAGAAGACGAAUUUCGUGGCAACUACUCGUCGUCGUCUUCGUCUUCAGAUGAGGAUGAAGAUCAAGAAGAUGAAAAUGAGGAAUAUGAAUAAUUUUCAUGUUUA